GACGUAAUGACGCAGUUAUAAAACAACAUGUCUGCGCCCUUAAGGACACAAUGUGAGCAUAUCUAUUCAUUUUACAAAAAUACAGAAGACGGGGAAGGAUUAAUCCGUUGUCUGUAUCUUGACAAAAAGACGUAUUCCGGUAACAGGCUGCGUUGUCAUUUACCAGGAUCCUGAUUUUGGAGGUGUUUUGGUCACUCUCGUCAUGAGUUUGGGCUCAAGACAACUGUCUGGAUCUUUCCCAAGACUGUGUAGAAGACUGAUACAUUUCACACAGCGUGACCGAAACAGUGGGUCCCAACCACCGAGUGAGUCCCAAAUUUCUUCGCCAGACAAGGAGUUUCUAAUUGAAAAAAUGAGAGAUAAAAAAAAACCUUACAACUGUUCGGUGCUACUCUUCCCCGGACAGGGAAGUCAGUUCGUGGGUAUGGGUCGCGGGCUUUUGAAGUACGGUACCGUAAAGGACAUGUUCGCAGUUGCACAUAAAAUUUUGGGUUACGAUUUGCUCUCCAUGUGCCUUAACGGACCAGCGGAGGAACUGAUGAAAACAGUACACUGUCAGCCCGCAAUUUUUGUCACGUCACUGGCAGCCGUGGAGAAACUAAACCACGAAAACCCCCGUGCUAUCGAGACGUGCGUGGCAGCUGCAGGCUUCAGUGUGGGAGAGUUUGCGGCCUUGGUAUUCUCUGGUGCCAUGGAUUUUGCUGAAGCCUUGUAUGCGGUGAAAGUGAGAGCUGAGGCCAUGCAGAAGGCCUCUGAACUGAUCCCUAGCGGUAUGCUAUCAGUAAUUGGUCGGCCACAGGCGAAGUACAACUAUGCCUGCCUGCAGGCCAGAGAACACUGCCUCAGUCUGGGCAUCCAACAUCCUGUCUGCAGUGUGGCCAACUACUUGUUCCCAGAUGGCAGAGUCAUCGCUGGGCACCGUGAGGCGCUUGACUUCCUGCAGCAAAACUCCCGGCAGCUUAACUUCCUGCGGGCGCGGCCCCUUCCUGUGAGCGGGGCCUUCCAUACCCAGCUGAUGGAGCUGGCCACCGAGCCCCUCAGAGAUGUCCUACAACAGGUGGAGGUGCGGCCACCGGAGAUCAGCGUGUACUCCAACGUGGACGGCAAGCGCUACAUGCACGAGGGCCACGUGCGCAAGCAACUGGUCAAGCAGCUGGUGUCACCAGUGAAAUGGGAGCAGACUCUCCACGAGGUGUACGAGAGGACUCAGGGUCAGAGUUUCCCCCACACAUACGAGGUGGGACCUGGGAAACAGCUUGGGGCCACGCUGCAGAAGUGCAACAUGAAGGCCUACAAGAGCUACACGCACGUGGAUGUGAUUACUCACGAGGACUGAGGAGGGGGGAGACAUGCCAGUGUGCACACGCAUGCAGUGACAGCUCGAUGUGUACCAGUGCAGACACCACAUGGACCUGAACAUUGAGGGGAGUCAUGCUGGACACACACACACACACACACACACACUUGUGUGAGAGCUAAGACUUUAAACUCAGCCUUUAUGUAACAAACUGAAAAACGCAUUCCACCUGGCUGUAUGUUUUUUUUUUCUUGUCUUUUUUCUUGUGUUGAAUAAAUAU